GAGACAGAAAGGAGAUAUAUAGGAGCAGGAGAGCAAAGAAAGAGGGAGAACAGAUAGACUGAGGAGAGAAGAGAGAGAGAAAACAGAGAGGAGAGGUGUGAGAGAGUGAAAGAGCUGCUGGCACUCAGACAGAAAGGAGAGGGGGGCGCUUGUUUUCCCCCUGUACUUCCAUCCUACCUCGACUAUAAGGAGUAUUUAGUGUGCCGACGCUAACCCAGAUAGCAGACGCAACACAGCUCAGAGCCAGCUGAGGACCUGACAGAACGCAGGCAUGAACGACAUCAAGCUGGCUCUGCUGGGGAGCCAGGGGGCUGGGAAAUCAGCUGUCCUUGUGCGGUUCCUGACCAGACGCUUCAUUGGUGAAUAUGCCUCGAACACCAACUCCCUGUACCAUAAAAGGCUGUCAAUCGAUGGCAGGCAGUUGAACCUGGAAGUUUUUGACCCCUGCUCUGAGAGCUCUGAGGCCAGGUGUAUACUGGAGGAGCCGGUGGAUUGGGCAGAUGGCUUUGUGGUGGUGUACAACAUCAGUGACCGCACUUCUUUCAUCAAUGCCAAAAACAUCCUGCGGCAGAUUCGGGAGGCACGGAUGGACAACUGCAAAGGGGAGGUGGAUGUUCCUGUCUGUCUGGUGGGUAACAAGCAGGACCUUUGCCACGUCCGGCAGGUGUGCGAGGACGAGGGCCGCUGCCUGGCUCAGGAGAACCGCUGUCACUUCCAGGAAGUCUCAGCAGCCGAGAGCUACCAGGACAUCGCCAACCUCUUCACACAACUCAUCCGGCAGGUGAUGGAGCACCUGAAGUACAGAGCAGACCGACGGCGCUACAGUGGCUCCAAGUCUAUGGCCAAGCUCAUCAACAAUGUGUUUGGCAAGAGGAGGAAGUCGGUUUGAAGAGUCCAGUGAAGCCAGCAGCUAAUCAGUUGGAUAGACUGGGAUGGUGUUUUUGAAAUGGACCCAUGUUAAAGGGAAAGAGCCAAGAUGUUACAUGCUGGGUCAGAAAGCUGUUGAGUUUAUAGACAGCCGUGUGAACUCUUGUUCACUCUGUGAGCAGCAUAGAUGGUUGGCGGAAGGUCGGAUGUUGUGUAUGUUACAGGAACAAGCUCAUUUAGAUGCAGAUAUUUGCCUUGUAUAUGACAAACUUUGUACUUUGGCCGCUUUGGUUUUCAACUUGGCUCUGUUUUCAGACAGCUAAACAGCCAAGACACCUGUAGAACGGCUAAGUAGGUGGUUGUCCUUAAGACAAAGCAGAGGGGUGUGCUACAAUGCAACAAUAAUGGGUUAGUGAGGUGUGCACUUUUUGAGUAUCAUGUUUAAAUAUAAGAAGCUUAAAGUUUCAGAGCUCUGAUGUGCAUAUAUGUUAACUUAUACAAUUAACAGGUUUCUAGUAGCAUUCUGCUUCUGCAUCGUUUGCAGCUCCAUUUACUGUAAUAAAUCCUUUGUCACAACCUGUUCCUCUUAACUGAGGUAUGCAGCACAGAGUUGGUCCAUUUAAAAUCAAAUGAUGCAUCAAAUGCCUCGUUUUAUGGAAACGCCCACAUAGCCUAGUGUAGAGAACCAGAAUUAUCCAAGAAAGAUGGUAAAUACCAUCAUGACAGUUAUCUCUGCUUUGGGUUUUGGUUUUGCUCAGCCAGCUUACACAAACAAAGCCUUGCUUUGUAAAGUUGCUCAUAGUACACCCCUCAGGUUGUUCACAACUUAGGCCAGAGGUUCUCGAAUAUGAAAGCUUAAAAAAACCACAUUUGCUGUGUAUAAUUUUGCUUUAAUUCAGCUGUUACUCUGCUGUGUAUCAGUCAGUUCUCCUCAUCAACAAAUAUUCUGGACAAUUAGACUGUAGGAUGUCAAUAAUGUGACUCUUGGCCACACAUUUAAAAAAAAAUAAGACUAAUCAGGCAGAAAAAAUAAAAACACUGAUGUAGUUGUAUCAUAGGUGUAGAGGUCCUUAUAUUAAACUAUCAUAGGUUCUCACAUAUGGUGCUUAUAGCUGUCUUCAGUCAGAUUCAGGGGAACUUUGCAUGAAUAUGGCUUAAAACUAUCAAAGUUAGGAUCUAAACCAAUGGACAGACCAGCUACACCAGACUAAAAACAUUCCAGUGCCAGCUGUCAAUACUUCAAAGGUUGUAAUGCUAUUUUCCAAAUAUAAUUUCUGCCUUAUUGCUGUAAUGUGGUUUUUAGAUAUAAGACCUGAAACAAACUGGGAAGCUUUGAUUAGCUGUAAUCAACGUAUCCUCCAUCUUUCACUCAUGUGUUCAUCUUGAAGCAAUAUCAGACCAUAGCAACCUGCAUGACUGAUUAGCUGUUGAUUAGUCAGUGACAGUAAAAUGUUCGAAUCUUGCCAACUUUUCUUAAACCAAAUAUUUACUGAACAUUCAGCACCACAGUCUCCUUUAUCAGUGAGCUCACAGCGUGUUACUGUAGGCCAACUCUGCAGCACGCUGAGUGAGAAGAUCAACUUAAUAUAAUCUUGAAGACACCACAUUCAGACUCAGUACAUCACUUCAUCCUGUUAUUAGUUUACAGCAUCAACACGUUGUAACAUUCAGGACAGUAAUGUUCGUCAGUGCUCAAACAUUUUUACUGCUCAACAGUUUUGCAGUAUUUUGGAUGAGAGAAAAAGACAGUAUUGAUGCAUUUUACUGAAAGUCUAAUUAACUUUUGCUAAAUAUUUUAUGGGGAUCCUAGUAUUUGGAAGCAGAUAUUUAAGUAAAAUUAGUGACCUGUUGAUCUAAUUUAAUUCCCCAUUGCAAAGAAAGCAUGUAUCAUCUGCAACAAAACUGAACACACGUAUGAUCAGUAUCACCAGAAUCCUAAAAUUAUUGCAUUUUUAUUUGUUGUUAGCCAAAGCCUAAGAAUAAUGCCGAUUAAACUGAAAAGCCAUAAUGUUUAACCAAUUUAAAAGGGAGUAAGUCAUUGCUGAGGAAAUGUGUUGCUAUUUUAUCUGCAUUUUUGUCCAUGACCUGUACUGCUGCACAAACGCCAUCUACUGCAAAACAUACAGGGGAGCUGUGUUUUUAAAAAAAAAUCCCUUUACUUCACUACAUCCUCCAGAAAAAGUGCUAUGACUCAUAGGACAGGACUGUCCUACUUGUUGCUGGUUGGUCAUGGACGUCACAAACACUAGAUGUUUACCGUCAGUGCACACACAGAAUGGACAGCUAACAACUGUGAGGAGACAUUUUCAGGAAAUGGCAAAACAGUGCAUUGGAUUAGAACAGCUUACUUUACCUCUAAGCUAUAAUGAAUGGUCCAAAUUCAAGAUUUGAAGUGAGUGCACCCUUCAUUGCUGAGAUUCCGCUCAGCUUUUUUGAUGACAGAUUGGUAUCCUACUUGCCAGGGAUGAUAGCGGUGUAGCGCAAAUCUGUGGAAAGAUGUUCUGCUAGUCUUCACUUCUUUUUAUUCUACCAUUCACUUCUGUUGGAUUCAGGUCAGGAAAAAUAUUUGACCAUAUUAUAGCUUUUACUUUUUCUCGUUUGUUUUUGUGUUCCUACACUUGUUCUUUUCAUUUCCCCUUAAUUAGCUUUAAGGUUGUUCUUCUUCUACAGCAAUAUUUGAUACAUAAAGUUAUAAAGUUCAAGUCACAGCCUUUAAUGACAUUAAAAGCCCUUUGAAGAUU